UGAUACCCGUAGAAGAUGCUACCUGACUCCAGCCUGGCUGCAAUUUUUGAAGUUCUUCCAAAACAUCUUGUGCCUUACUCGGUUCCCUCCCCCUUCCUGCUGUUUUGCAGAUACACCCACUAGGGAAUUCUAUGGCAGGAAGGCGGGAUUGUAUUUAGUUAGCCCUCGAUUCCUGCUUUAAGCAGCAGCUGGGUGCAGCCUGCGGCCCUGGGCUUCAGUUCAGCUCCGUCAUCUGAAACAUGAGGAUCUGGCUGCUUCUGCUUGUGAGUGGAAUCUGCCUGGGAAGCGUGAACCCACAGGACACGUGCAGGCAAGGGCACCCCGGCGUCCCCGGGAAUCCGGGUCACAAUGGCUUGCCUGGGAGAGACGGACGCGACGGAGCAAAGGGCGACAAGGGAGACGCAGGAGAACCAGGACAUCCUGGUGGUCCAGGGAAGGAUGGAGUGAACGGAGAGAAAGGCGAGCGAGGAGCAGAUGGAAGAGUUGAAGCCAAAGGCAUCAAAGGGGAUCAAGGCUCGCAGGGACCCCCGGGAAAACACGGGCCGAAGGGCUUUGUGGGUCCCAUGGGAGAGAAAGGUCUCCGGGGGGAGACUGGCCCUCGAGGACAAAAGGGGGAGAAAGGUGACGUGGGGCCCACCGGUCCAGACGGGCUACGGGGCGACAGCGGGCCUUCAGGCCCCCCGGGUUUGCCUGGCCCUGCGGGCCCCAUCGGAAGGCCUGGCCCCAAGGGAGACGCUGGCCCCCUCGGGCCCCAGGGGGAGCCAGGGGUCCGGGGACUGAGAGGCUGGAAAGGGGACCGAGGCGAAAAAGGGAAAAUCGGCGAGACUCCGGUCUUGCCCAAAAGCGCUUUCACGGUGGGGCUCACGGUCCUGAGCAAGUUUCCUGCUCCGGACGCGCCCGUCAAGUUUGACAAGAUCCUGUACAACGAAUUCAGUCAUUACGACGUGGCCACGGGGAAGUUCACGUGCCACGUGGCCGGGGUCUACUACUUCACCUACCACAUCACCGUGUUCUCCCGGAACGUCCAGGUGUCUCUGGUCAGAAACGGGGUGAAAAUGCUGCACACCAAGGACGGCUACACGAGCUCGGAGGACCAGGCGUCCGGCGGCAUCGUGCUGCCGCUGAAGCUGGGGGACGAGGUGUGGCUGCAGGUGGCAGGUGGGGACAGGUUCAACGGCUUGUUUGCAGACGAGGACGACGACACAACCUUCACAGGCUUCCUUCUGUUCAGCCAGUGACGGAGGCGUUUGCGACUCCGCCUCACCACCGUCAGGGAGGCUCGGUUAAGACCUCCUGGUGACUCGACUCUACGAAUUACUCUCGUCAUUGUAAUAACCGUGGGGGGCAGGGGGGCAACCAAACGCUCGCCCUAGGGCGCCUGGCUGGCUCAGCCGGGGACGCCUCACAGCU